AUGCACAGCAAUGGACGAGCCCAAGACGAGCCCGAGGACGACGUGUUUGCUGAAGGCUCGAAAUUCGUGUCGCUGAACAAUGUGUCGAUCACGGGUGGUACUAAGCGCCAGACCCGUGCGAGGAAACCUAAAGAAGUGCGGAAGGGGAAGCGUUCUACUUUCGUCCGCACGGGCAAGAAAGGCCGCGCUGAUGCACUUGGUGAUGGCGGUUGUGGAGCAGACACAUACACUCAAGAGAAUGGUCAACAUGCACAUAACGCCUCCUUUCCAGCUGCAGCCGCCACUAUCACUCCCUCCUCCGCCUAUGUCAACGCAGCGGCGGCGACUCAUCAGCUCGCCGCCACUCAGUCAGUCCCUGGCCUGCCCUCAGCCUCUGCCUCCCUUUCAGCUGCAGCCGCCACUAUCACUCCCUCCUCCGCCUAUGUCAGCGCAGCGGCGGCGACUCAUCAGCUCGCCGCCACUCAGUCAGUCCCUGGCCUGCCCUCCGCCUCUGCCUCCCUUUCAGCCGCAGCCGCCACUAUCUCUCCCUCCUCCGCCUAUGUCAUCGCGGCGACUCAUCAGCUCGCCGCCUCUCACACAAUCCCUGGCCUGCCCUCCGCCUCUGCCUCCCCUUCAGCUGCACCCGCCACUAUCUCUCCCUCCUCCGCCUUUGUCACCGCAGCGGCGACUUAUCAGCUCGCCGCAUCUCACGGCGACUCAUCAGCUCGCUGCCACUCAGUCAGUCCUGGCCUGCCCUCAGCCUCUGCCUCCCUUUCAGCUGCAGCCGCCACUAUCACUCCCUCCUCCGCCUAUGUCAACGCAGCGGCGGCGACUCAUCAGCUCGCCGCCACUCAGUCAGUCCCUGGCCUGCCCUCCGCCUCUGCCUCCCUUUCAGCCGCAGCCGCCACUAUCUCUCCUCCUCCUCCGCCUAUGUCAACGCAGCGGCGGGGACUCAUCAGCUUGCUACCCGGAUCUCUCCCUCCGCUGCCUAUGUGCACGUCUCGGUUCCUGGCCAGUCCAGGCCCGCCGUUGCACCUGGAUCGACCUCCCUGCCACCUGCUCCCAGUGCACUCUCACCCUCGCCCUCCUAUAUCAAUCCUGGGUUGCAACCCAACCAGCUCAG